UCAAAAUUGGAUCGAUAUGCAAUCACUUUUUUUUUUUUUUGGUUUUUUACAUCCAUUCAAGCUGACCCUGAGCAAGAGGCGGGAUACACCCCUAACUGUUCUCCAGACAAACACGGGCCACACACAAACAGCCAUUCGUCUUUCCAUUCACAGCGAGUCAAAAAAGCGAGCAAAAGAUUUAUGUGGAGCCUGGACUGCAUUUUGUGUUAGGACCGAGAUACACUGCUUCCUUUACCUUCCCACCCGUACCUGUCUUCGAUGUUCAGUAAGAAGGGUGUACAACUACUGUGAGUUUAACGUGCAAGACAUAAACUUCUGGCUUUCACAUUGUAUGUCUUUGGCCUGCGGUGGGCUUUUGAUCAACAACGGAAACUGUUGACAGGAAAUGAGAGGGCACACUAAACCGGCAAAUAUAUCGGAGUUCAUCUUUUGGUCUCGUUUUACAUUGUAAAAACACUUUGUCCCUAAAGUGCUGAAUUAGCUCUACAAGUGGGAACCAAACGACAACAUGUUCUCUUUGAUGAUGUCGUCUGACCACAUUGACAUUUCUGCACCGACAGUCAGUCCGGAAAUGCUCAUGUCAUCCAUCUGCCACUGAGAAACAAAAGAAGCAUCCAAACUCAGACCCUUUAUCACGCAAGAAGAUAAUGACCUAAAACAAAAUCACAAACGAGGAGGAUGUUGAAGAUUUUAGCCUGGCCAAGACCGUCAGCUGACUUAAACCCUAUUGAGCACGCAUUUGUAGGUUAGUCUCCAAAAUGGCUGCCAUCCUCUUCAAUCCAAAGUACAAACGAGUUCAGGACACAUGAUUGUAAUAAAUACUGAUGCAUUCGUGUUUGGGGUUAAAGUCAAAGCGAUAGCAAACUCAAAAUAUUUUCAUUUCUUUUGCUUUAGAUGACACACUUUUCUAUUGUCCCUUUGUCACGUGUUUUUUUGUGUUAAGCUUUUGAAACUUGAUAAGAAUAAGCUGAUUUGUGUGUGAUGAAUUAUUUUGCUUUGCACAAAUUCUGUUUCUGAAGCAGACCUUCACAAUGCCAGGCUGAUUUGAGGUUUUUGGGGGUUUUGCUCCAAGUUGAUUCAUUGAUAUUGUGAAAUCGUUACCAAUGAAUGAGCGCUAUUCAAAGUGUCAGAGUCUCAAACGGGACGCAACAACUAGAUAGCAAGUCUUGUACAGAAGAGCGUUCACUGAGAAGAGCCGGCUUGGGUUGACACCUGAAACGGCCAAUGCGAUGUCUGUGAAAUUGUCCCCUCCCCUUUGGUGUUCUACGUUUCAAGUCAUUAAACAUUUGAAGCUCUCUGGAGGAACUGCUGCACUUGCUGGGACAACAACGAAAUGCGGACGACGCUUCAUCUGCUGCUCCUGCUGAUCCCGUUUGGAGGAUACACGGGUCAGCCCACCUUCAAAACAGAGACCGAAAAAGUUGGACAAAGUGUCUCUCUGGAAUGUGUCCGCGAUUCCUCUGAAACUCAAGCUGUUCUUACUUGGAUUCGACUUGCUUCUGGAAACUUUCCAGAAGUCUUAGGUCAGAUGCAGUCCUUUGAUUAUACAAUACGCGAAACUGGGACAUCAAAGAGUGGACGUCGUAUAACAGUCAAGCAAAAGCCAGGGAAGUUUGUUCUGCAAAUUAGUCAGGUGCAAAAAAUUGAUACAGCGCUCUACUACUGUUUCAAAUUGCCAUCACGGUAUCAUAAAAUGGAAUUUUUGAAUGGAAUAUUUCUACUGGUCAAAGACGACCCAGAAGCAGAGACAGCCGUCACUGCUGUCACUCAUGACUUGCAGUUCAACGAGAGCCGAUCGCAGUGCUCGUUCGUCUCUCGCUCUGGUAAUAAAACGUGUGAGGAUGGACACAACUUUUAUUGGCUCAGAGCUGGACCACAGGAUUCAAAUCCCCACUUCAUUUACACUCAUGACGAAUGUGAGAAAGUGGCAAAGGGCUCCAUGCAGGAAUGCGUUCACGCUUUCCAUAACAACGUCGACACCGGAACGUACUCUUGUGCUGUGGCCACAUGUGGGCACAUUUUUAUGGCAAAGGCAACAAAGGUCAACAUGCAAGACCCCAGCAAGUCUGAUUUCCUAAAGACUGUCAUCUUCGUCAUGGCUGCUGCUUUGACCUUAAUCUCCAUCCUCUCAGCUUUUCUCAUAUACAAGGUCAAGACAAAAACGUUUUGUUGCUGCAUAGCUUGUCGGCAAACUCGUGAAGAAACGUGCAGUGGUGUCCAACAGAGAACCGAGGACACUUUGGUUUAUUCCGCGCCGACCAUCGUCCCCAGGAAAAGUGGCAAAGCCAGCCAAACGAGAGCGAGAAAAAAUGAGGAUUUUCGCACGUAUACGGACGUCUGCCUCCGCGAAACCUAACGAGAUCGAAUUUUGUACUAAGAUCAAAUUUAUUUAAAGUUUGUAUUAAGAUCUUUCACAUUUCAAAAGUACUGCAGAAGUUUACAGUGCAAGGAACCGUAUUUGGCAUAUUGGGACUAAACUAACACUGUACAACCUCCGUCAAAGUUUGUAUUGAGAAUUUUUACAUUUCAAAAGUACUGCAGAAACUUACAGCGCAAGGCAUAAUGGCACUAAAAUAUCACUGUACAACCUCUGUCAAUCAAAAUAGAAUGAUUUGUCACUCAUGACUUGCACCGGUAUGUGCUAAAAGCUAGCUCACCUGCUAAAUGUGAAUUUGCAACAAUACUGCUGACUCAUUUAUUUAAAAAAUAAUUAAAAUUAUUAUUAUUUUUAUAAUAAUAUAAUAUAUAUAAUAUAAUUAUAUAAUUAUAUAUUAUUUAAAUAAUUUAAAUAAUGUGUUUCUAUUGCCAUUACUUGCAGCUGAGAGUUUGUUAGUCUAAUCUUGAAAUUAAAAAUAUAAUGUAACGAGAAUAAAAUGUCUGAGAAAAAAUACGAUUAUUGUAUUCAUAUUUUAUGAGAAAAAAAUCAUCAUCAGCACAUUAGGGAAAAAAAACAAGACACUUCAUCAUCCACGUAUGUCAUUUAUUUUGUAUGAAUGUAAAAACUAUUUGAAAUGAAAAAUAUAAUGUAACGAGAAUAAAAUGUCUGAGAAAAAGUACGA